AUGGGGGGGGGGCCCAUACCUUAUCAGUUCCAGGUGUCGGCUCAGGUGGUGAGGUCCACACAUGCCGGUCAUUGGCUGAACCAAUGUACAAAAUAUAUCACUGAUAAACAGGUCAUGAGUGGUGACCCUAUAUGGACCUUUCCUUCUGUUAAUAAUAGUGCUGCUUUGUAUAGAGGCACUAUGUCUAGUGGGUUACAUUUUAUGAACUUCCCAACUCCUGUGGCACUAUUGCCAAGCCAGCAGCUAGGCUCGGGUAUUGGCAGUAGCGGUGGUGGUGGUGGUGGUGGUUUUGGUGAGGUACAAUUGGGCAUGUUUGGUGGGCUAAACCCCUAUCGGUCCGGUGGUGGUGUAUCGGAAUCUCAGGCAAGUGGGUCCCACUCACACCACGGAGGCGAUGAUCGGCAUGAUACAACUAGUCACCAUUCAUAG